UGUAGGUGCUGCUGGGUUGGAUUGGAACGAUGUCAUUGACACCCUGGCACCAGCCAUUGACAUUGCGAAGCGUCUGUCCAUGACCAUUCCGAUCGAAGGCACGGGUCAAACCGACGCUGAAAAAGCUCGCCGGCGUGCGGAACGUAUGAGCAAGCGUCACCUACACACCGAUGGCAUCAAGUACUGCAUCCGUGCCUCUAUGUUGGGCGUGGACACACGCACACACAGUCAGCGCACGGGCGAGGACAUGGAGGCUGAUAGCCAGUUGAACACAGCCCCUGCACACAACCAAGUCUUCUUCUUCUAUCUCCUGGCUGAGUUCUCGCCAAAGCUAAACCACUUAGAUGCUGCUCAAGUUUUGGAAUACGCUAUUACCAAGACUGAUGGGUUGGGGAGUGAGAGCCUAACGUAUGCAGCUCCAAUUAAACACUACCUGGACUCACUACGCAAACGCACUGGACAGUUUGAAGGCAGAAGUAGUAGGAGAGCCGCUCCCAAGAAACAGAUGCAGGAGGAGAUGGAAACAGAAACAGAGAACGAAGACGAACAUGAAUCGUCACAAAGCGCAUCUCCAAACGGUACGCAAACCAAACCUUCUGAACGCAAACGUAAAGCUCCGAACAGCCGAUCCAAAGCGACCAAGACUGCUCCCACUCCCAAGCCUCGCACUAGUCCCACGCGCGUAUCUGGCAGGAAAAGGAAGUCCGAAGGGGUGGUGUAUGCUGAAGACGACCAAAGUGAUCUUGAAUCGGAGUGAAGUGCUUGUAUGGUCGUAGUGCCGGGCUUUGCUGCCGCCAGAUAGCAGACGCGGCCUGUACCUUGUAAACUCGCUUGACGGUGUGGAUCGCACAGAUUAUCCGUCUAAUAAUUAGCAUUAUCUCUAUGUAUUGCCAUAUAAUAUGACAAUCGACACUGCCAGUGUAUCGUCGUAUUAUCUAUUAUAGUAGGCAUUCUUUCAGAGCAUUGCCGUAUUCAUCAUAAUCGGCGCAUGUCCGCUUAAGAGCGAAAAGUUGCACGAGCUUAGAUUGGAGUCGCCAGUUUCUACGUAACUGUGACAACUAUAAUAAGAGUUAGCACUUUCUCUGAGGACCACAAUUUUCCACCGCGAAAAUAUAGUAUAGAUACUACCGGACGUGGGCAAUGUAGCACAGGACUUAUUAAUCUUAUAGAGAUUACAUCAAAACCCUAUGUCCCAGCUUAAGCAGCUUUGCGGCUUUGUACCGCACAGAAACCGCGGUGCUACGUUGUGAUCAUUGGUAUAGUGUAUCUACGCCCACGUGAGCCUGUUCAAUAUGAGCAUGAGAUUUCUGUUGAAAAUGUAUAUCCUUGAUAUGGAGAUAUGUGCAGCUCGCCUGUGCUAGUUGCAACAUGGGUGUCACCAAAGGCCUAUACAGCGUAUAAUUGAGUACGGGUGGUAUUGCAAUUACCUUGCGAUAAUGGUGAAAUUCUGCUGCGAUACACAGUCAGAGUGAAGUCAAAUACUAUAAGAUUCCCUAUUCGAAUCUAGCGACGAUCAUGCGAACAAUCUGCGGAGUGUGCGAGCGGAAUCUGCAUAUUCGUAUUGAUAGUCUGGCAAGCACAGCAACUGGCGCAAUCGCAAUCAGAGCGCGGCUAAGCGGUCACAGAUUUAUUCAAAUUUCCCUAUUUUCCGGAGACUUUCACAAAUACUAUACAGUCCGUCGGCGCGGGCUAAAUAUUUGACCGCCUUUUGAAAUCCCAACAUUAAUAAAAUAAAGAAGCAGCACUAGAGCAUCGGCGCAUUUUCAGAUUCAGAAAUGGUACCUACCAGAUAUAUCUACCCUG